AUGGACCGCACAUGCAGCUGUGCCAGUCGGAUGAGCUCCUCUAAUAUUUCGGCAGCUUUUCUCCUUGCUUUUCACUGGACCGCUCUUGAUGUAGCAGUCGACGUCCCAGAAUUCGAUCCGAGCCCCGGAUUCUGGUGGAAUUUCCUGGUGCAGAUGCUCUACAACCCCGUCCUGGCCCUCGUCAAAGCGUCCAUUCUAUUCUUCUUGCUUCGCCUUGGAGGACAGAAGAAGAGCGCCCGUUACGCCAUCUAUGCGCUCAACAUCUUCAACGCGGCGCAUGCCGUUGCCAUUUUCUUCACUGCACUCUUCCAAUGUGUUCCCAUGGAGGCCAACUGGGACUUUGCCCUCAGGUUCGACCCCGAGACCAACUGCAUCGAUAACUCAUUCCACGUGAUUGGCUCGUGUCUGACCAUCUUCACCGAUCUAUGCAUCUUGAUCCUGCCAUUCUGGAUUUUCCCGGGACUCAAGAUGCCUAGGGCUGCCAAGAUGGUGGUCACUGGCGUCUUCUUGCUCGGGUCCCUCGUUGCCGUUGUCGGUGUCAUCCGAGUCGUGGACGUGUACAAGAUAUUCUUUGGGACACCAGACCCCGACACCGACCCGUAUUACAACAUUACGGUUGUGUACUCGAGCGUCGAGGUCAACUUGGCCAUUAUUACCGCGACCAUACCUAAACUACGCCCGCUCUUCCCAAAGUGGUUCCCGAGUCUGUUCAGCGGCAGCUCAGGACAGAGCCACGGCCGACCGACGUAUGGUACGUCUGGGUAUGGCAGCCGCAGUCGCGGCGCGCAAACCCUUCAGUCCGGUGAUCACAGCGGCUCCAAGGGCAUAUCGCUCACCAAGAUUGGCCGCCACCAUACGAGCCAGACGGAAGUCUUAUCUGCGUCGCCUAAUGAUUCGGAAGAGGAAAUUAUGCGAUACCAUGUGAUCGUGCGAACGACCAACGUUCAGGUCGAGUACGAGGACCGUUCGCAGUGUCAGACUGCGCAGGCAGGUUCAUGGAAAGCCGUGUGGAUGAGCUGGACUUGUUCUUGCCUGGUGCAGUUGAACGAGCCAAGUCCGCUGAAUGUGCUUUUAUUCAUUCGAUGUUGGGGCACCAGGGCGAAGACUUGUAUGUGCCCCUGGACCUGGACCUCGCACACCAGCCCAACAGGGCUAUCGAAUGAUUCGAAUCCGAGCACUAGUGAUAUCGAUCUCCUAGUGGGCGGCUCGGCCCGAAGCCAUCUGAAUCUGGACGUAUAGCCCGAUGAAUACGACACGCUUAUGUGUUUCUCCCACUACCUCAGAUCCUGGCGUCUUCAUAUCAUCGUGAUUCGUGACUCGCAUACAGUGAAGGAAGAAGGGACAGCCUCUUGGGACAGCGGAGCGAAAGCUCCUUCCAUGAAGGCGCCCCGCCCCGCCCCACCUUUUCACGA